GGCAUUAGGAGGGCGGCUCGGGCUGGGGUCGCGGCUGCAGGCGGCGGAGUGGGAGCUGGACGCGGGGGCAGCCAUGUUCGCGAGGCUGGGGCGCUGCUUCGAGGAGGACCCGUUCUUCCGGGAGCCUUUUGCUGCACAUCAUGAAUACAUGCGUCAAAUGAUGAGAAGCUUUUCUGAUCCUUUUGGACGAGAUCCAUUUCUCAGUAUUACAGAUGGUGGAGAAAGAGGUCUAGAUCAAAGAGGACGCUAUGAUUCUCAGGUUGCUCUGAGGGGAAAUCAGAGAGCCAUGAGUUGUUCCCUCCUGCCCUUUGGCAGCUUUGGUAAUAUGGAUUCAAAUUUAAGGGACCCUUUCUUUGCAAUGGACAGAAUUAUGUCAAAUAUGAGAAACAGCAUGCUCGACCUGCAAAAAAAUGUUGAUGAACUGUCAAUCAAUCCAGAUGCCCACACAUUCAGAUCUUCCUCGGUAAUGACCUAUUCCAAGAUAGGCGAUGAACCACCAAAAGUUUUCCAGGCUUCAGCUCAGACCCGCACAGCUCCAGGAGGUAUUAAAGAAACUAGAAAAGCCCUUAGAGAUUCUGAAAGUGGACUAGAAAAAAUGGCUAUUGGUCAUCAUCUUCAUGACCGUGCUCACCUUGUCAAAAAAUCCAAGAACAAUAGAACUGGUGAUGAAGAACUGAAUCAGGAAUUCAUCAACCUGGAUGAAUCUGAGGCCCAGAACUUUGAUGAGGAAUGGCAGAAGAAGAUUACUAAGUUCAGGCCAUCUGGACCUAGAGGCAAUUUAGAUGCACCAAAGCAUAGAAGUAUCCAUUACAUAAACCAGGAGGGUGAAGCAAGAAGGGAGAAACCCAAUCAAAAAACACCAAUUGCAGACUCCAGAAGACCUAAAGCUGCUUUAGAGAGCCUCAAUGUGAAGGGAUCUCACGUUCCCAUCAGAACCAGCAAAAAAUAAAUGGCUUGCAUACUCAA